CUUCUAAAGCAAUUUUCCCAAUAGCUCGAACACGCCGGCGCAAUCAACAAGGCAAUGAGCAGCCCGAGAGUAACAAUGCCGUGUACCUUCUUUUUAUUUGUCUGAGGAACGUCGCGCUACUAGGUUGCUUUGGCGCGCGUCUGCCGUAUGCAUUUUGGAAAACUUCGUUAAAAUCAAAAUAACCAAAGAAGCCGCUGAUCAGUUGAAAAAAAUCGCUUUAGUUAAAGAAAAGAAAAAAUACUUUGAUCACGGAGUUGUCAAAGCGAUCAUGACAACUGAAAGUGGUGCAGUAAACAACGCGGCGCCUGCGACGGUAGCGAAUGCAAAUGAAGAGUCCGCUAAAGUUGGCGAUGACUGCACGUUGGAUGGCAUUCUGGUGCGUAUCGGACAAUUCGGGCGCUUUCAACUCUUCAACUAUGUGCUACUGUGCAUACCGAUGAUCUUCAAUGCAUUCUUCUCCAUUUCGUAUGUGUUUACGGCGAGUACUGUGGUGCACAGAUGUAACGUGACGCAGUGUGAUAGCGCUUGGAGCGCCUAUGAUGAACCAUGGCUCAACUACACCAUACCCAUGAAGGGAUCCAGCUAUGAUCAGUGCACACGCUAUGUGACUAACGGUAAUUCGGCACGUAUAACCACGAAUUACUACGCAAACCCCGCGAGCAAGUUCUGCGCACCGGAAUAUUUCAAUCAAAGUGUUACCGAGAAAUGUGAAAACGAUUUCAAAUUUCGCGAUACUGAAUAUACAAUAUCGAAUGAGUUUUCCAUUUUCUGUUCGAGUAUAUGGAUGCUGACCAUGGUUGGUACGGUAAAUAAUAUUGGACAGUUUGUGGGCAUACCGGUGGGUGGAUUUUUCGCAGAUCGUUUUGGGCGUCGCACAAUGCUCGCCUUCGGCGGUUUCUUCAGCGCCAUUAUGGGUAUACUGCGCUCAAUAUCCACCAACUACUACAUGUUCAUAGCAUUCGAAUUCAUCGAUAUGGCUGUUGGUAGUACACUCUUUCCCACGGCAUUUCUUCUAGCCAUCGAAUUAGUGGGACCCAAACGACGCGUGGCCGCCGCUACCAUCAUAACGAUUUUCUAUUCGCUGGGCGAGGCGCUUUUGGGCAUUUUAGCGCAACGCUUCCAGAAUUGGCGUGAUUUAUUGCGCGUGCUCUACACGCCGGCGCUCUUACUGAUACUCUUUCUUUUCGUGCUGCCGGAGAGUGUACGCUGGCUGCUGAGUCAGGGUAGAGAGGAGGAUGCUACACGCUUGCUCAAACGUGCCGCACGCAUAAAUAAACGUGAAAUACCAGAGAAUGAUUUGAAGGCACUGGUAGCGGAAAAUCAGGCAAAGCUAGGGCAGGCACAAGAAAGCCACUAUCCGAUAGUGAAAGCUUUGAAGCUAUUUCGUUGGCGUAUCUUGAAUUGUUGCUUCUGCUGGUUCACGCACACUUUGGUUGCAUUGGGCUUGAGUCUUACCUCAGUCACGCUGGGCGGUAACAAGUACACAAAUUUCCAAUUGAAUGGCUUGGUACAAGUGCCUGGCUUAAUUUUACCGCUACUGAUUAUGGAUCGCCUUGGGCGGCGCUAUUCGCUAUGCGGCUCUAUGCUGGUAUGUGCACUUUGUAUGGGCAUUACCGCGCUGGUGGGAGGAAAUCAUGAGAUUACCGAGUUGGUGCUGUUUUUAAUUGGGAAAUUUGCGAUUACAUGUAGUUUUCAGAUUUUAUACUUUUUUACUUCGGAAAUAUUCCCUACAAAUGUACGCAACAGUUUACUGUCAUUUUGCUCUAUGGUUGGACGCAUCGGAUCGAUGUUGGCCCCACAAGCACCGCUUUUGGCCAAUUACUAUGAGUAUGCGCCGCAAAUACUCUUUGCUAGCUUUGCCUUAAUUAGCGGUACAUUAACUCUGCUCUUCCCUGAAACGACUGAUAAAGUCUUACCAACAACGUUACAAGAUGCCGAACAAUUGAAUGAUAAAAAGCGUAAAAAUAAGGCAAAUAUUGUUGAAUGAGUUAUAUUGCGGUUGGAGUGAAGUGUUUUGCGAGUAUAUAUGUAUAAACAAAUGUAAAUUGUGCAUUUUGCUAAAAUAUUCUAUAUUUAAUAGAUUUGUGUACAUAUAUAUAUGUAUAUAUACUUAAUUUAAAUGUGUUUUUGUAUGUAUAGAAAUCCGUUAUAGGUCAGGUUAAAAAACGUGUUUGGAAAUUAUAUGCAGCAUUUAUGGUCAGCAGUAAUAUACAAUAAUAUAAUAGUAAAUAAAAUUGUUUCAGUUAAUCAUUUUAUGGUGUCACUUUGUAAAGACAAUAUAAGACAAAUAUAUUUAAUGUAUAAUACAUGUUGUUGUACAUUAUAUGGACUUACCUAGAGUUCUUGGUACAGAAUUACGCAUCCAUAUUACGAUAUUGUAAUCUAAUGAAUAUGGUAGGUUUUUAUAAAUUUCAUUGAUAAUUUAGUUAAAUGUUAUUGCUUCUUGCUACAUCUGAUAGAUCGCUUAAUUGCAUAUUAUUUUUUUGAUAUUUGGAUAUACUUAAUUGAUUAUAAUUGCUUGUUUUGUGUUCCAAUAUACUUUAUAUAUCCUAUAUACUUUA